AUGCCCCCAUCAGCCUCCAAACAGAAGCGCCUUGCCGAGAAGGCUGCCAAAAAUGCUUCCAAAGGCGAGUCAUCAGCUACCAGCUCGACCGCUCCAUCGACUCUCGGGACUCCUGGGACCGCUCAGUCCACUGCCACGUCUACCGACGACAUGACUACUUCGAUGGCUAAGCUCAAGGCUGCAACCGAUCGAUCUGGUAGUGGUGUCUUGACGUCUGAUGUUCAGAGUCGAGAUAUCCAGAUUUCUAGUUAUACUCUCAAUUACCACGGCCGACUGUUGAUCGAAAAUGCUGAGAUUUCACUCAACUAUGGACAAAGGUAUGGUCUACUGGGAGAGAAUGGUUGUGGUAAGACCACAUUUUUGGAAUCGUUGGCCGACCGAGAUGUUGAAAUUCCUGCCCAUAUCGAUAUCUACCUGGUCCAAGGUGAAGCAGAACCUGCACAGGUGACUGCGACAGAAUUUAUCGUCAAUUCGGCCAAAGAGAAAGUAGCGCGUUUGGAAAGAGAAAUCGAGGAGCUUUCCGUGGCUGACGAUGUGGAUCAGAUGGCUCUCGAGUUGAAGUACGAAGAAUUAGAAGAAUUGGACCCGUCAACCUUCGAGGCUAAAGCGGGGGCGAUUCUUCACGGUCUGGGAUUCGACCAGGCAAUGAUGAAGAAGCCGACGGCAGACAUGUCUGGUGGUUGGAGAAUGAGAGUUGCCUUGGCUCGAGCCUUAUUUAUCAAGCCUCAUUUGCUCUUGCUAGAUGAGCCCACGAACCAUCUCGAUCUUGAGGCUGUUGUGUGGCUUGAAGCUUACCUGAGUACAUACAACCAUAUCCUAGUCAUUACCUCACAUUCGGCUGAUUUUAUGGAUACCGUCUGCACAAAUAUCAUGGAUCUUACUCACCACAAGAAGCUCGUCUACUACGGUGGUAAUUACUCCACUUAUGUUCGGACCAAGACUGAGAACGAAGUCAAUCAGAUGAAAGCAUAUGCCAAACAGCAGGAUGAGAUUGCCCACAUCAAGAAGUUCAUUGCCAGUGCUGGUACUUAUGCUAACUUGGUUAAGCAAGCUAAAUCCAAGCAGAAAAUCAUCGAUAAGAUGGAAGCCGCUGGACUAAUUCAACCUGUGCUUGGAAAGAAACAAUUGCGAUUCAACUUUGAAGAUGUACGGAAGCUCCCGCCUCCCAUCAUUGCUUUCAGCGACGUUGCAUUCUCAUAUAGUGGCAAGAAGGAAGACUAUCUAUACAAGGAUCUUUCCUUCGGUAUUGAUAUGGAUUCUCGAAUUGCCAUCGUUGGUCAAAAUGGUACCGGUAAAUCGACGCUUUUGAACUUAAUCGAAGGCAAACUGAUGUCCUGUGAGGGAUCAGUGAGCAAGCAUGCGGGAUUGAAACUUGCGCGAUACAGUCAGCAUUCUGCAGACCAGUUGCCCUAUGACAAAUGUGCUAUUGAGUACUUCGAGAACAAGUAUCACGAAAAGUUCCCCGACAAAGAUAUCCAGUUUUACCGACAGCAGCUUGGGCGGUUCGGUCUAUCGGGCGCUCACCAGACAUGCCCCAUUCGGCAAUUGUCAGAUGGCUUGAGAAAUCGAGUUGUAUUCUCACAGCUUGCCAUGGAAACACCUCAUAUCCUCCUUCUCGAUGAACCCACCAAUCACUUGGAUAUGGAAUCGAUCGAUGCACUAGCACUGGCCAUCAAAGAAUUCGGAGGAGGUGUCGUAGUUGUCUCCCACGACUUCCGACUGAUCUCACAAGUUGCUGAUGAGUUGUGGGAGGUCAAAAACAAGAAGAUCGUCAACCUUACCAAACAAGAUAUCGAUAUCAAAUCUUACAAGGCGAUGCUUGCUAAAAACUCGGCUGCUCAAAUUGAAAAAGCGAAACUUGUUUCCAAAGCUAAUGCCAAGGGUGUUGCGUAA